AAAUAAUGGAAAAUGAUAUUCAGUGGUAUAACGAAAAUCCAUUUUGUAAUUCCGUUAGAACAACAAUUGUUGAAGGAUUAAAAAAUCAAAGAAACAUGGAAUUAAUAAUUUCACCAAUACUACCAAAGAUUCUUGCUAAAAGUAUGGUUGCUGUUGGAGAUACAAAUUUUGUUAAUAAUACGUCGUCGUCAGCAGCAGCUGCUAAAAAUUUGAAAAAAGCAAUGUCGGAAAUUGGAUUUAAAGAAUCGGAGUGGAAUGCAACUGUAGACACUUGUCUUAAACAAUUAGAAGAUUCUAAAGCGUUUGAUAAAAUACAUAGAUUUUGGGUCAUGAAACAAUAA